AUGGAUGAGUUAAACUCGCCACAGCAGUCAUCUAUCAACGACAAUGUCUGUUUGUUGAAUCGAGAAACAUAUUGUUUUGAGCCUAAGGCAGAGGAUAUUCUGACUGACGAAGAUCUUUUAGAUCUUUUUCGUAUAAUCAAACAAGUAUUGCGUAAAAACCCAGAUCCAGAAAAACUGGCGAAGCUUUUAUUUUGCAUGUUUUAUGCAUUAGGCGACUAUAUAAAGUUCACAAAACAUUGUCAUGAAGAUCGUAUCUUAUUUCGGGACAGACAUUUAGGCGUACAUGCUGUCCGGUUACCCAGCACCAGUUCCUGUUGUAGCAAUAGUAAUAACACCGUACCUUUUUAUCAAGUACAAAAAGCUACUGAAAAAGAUUCGGUUCAAAAAUGGAUAGAAUCGUCAUCUCAAAAUAUAUCAACAACAAGGCUUCCCGCGGUUCCUUGCCCCACAAUUCCACAGCAAGAUAUCGCAUCUUCUUUUCCUGAUUUAUCCAAUAGAAACAAUCUACUGGCUACAAUACGCUCUUAUACAAACCUUCGCCCUUUAUAUAACUCCACACCAUCGCCUUCGUCAAGUGUGAUCAGCAAUGGCACAUCAGGCGCCGUCAUGGAACCUCAGCAGCGUGGAUUCUAUUAUCAAGAUGGCCGUAUCUUACGAGAGCCUGCAUCACUACAACGAUAUGCUGAACAAGGUAUUCUUACCCAAGCUUCAUUAAUGCGUAAACGGAAGAAACACAGCACAGAUUCUUUAUCCGAGCCAUCUUUUAUUCCUUUAAAAAAGCCUAAAAUUCCACAUCGACACGGUGGAUUUGAACGAAGACGAGAUGAUAUUAUCAAUCGUUUGAGAGAAAUUACAGUGGAAGAAUUAGAUCAAAAAGCACAAAGAAUGCCGAACCCAUUUACUUUAGCUAUCGACCAGUCUUCCAUAAGCGCAGAGGAUGCAUUAUCCGCAAGUACAGGCAGUGAAUCGGUUAUAAAAGAAAAGAUUGCCGAACUUUUAAGGCCUGCACUUUGCAUUUUAACCAAUCACUCAAAUAUGAAGCCACAUCUGGAUAACGGUAUGAACCAAAAUGGAAUCUAUUACAAUACAGAUUAUUUUCGAUUAUACCUAGCUUUUAAGCAAUUUCAAGAAGCUUUUGCAAUGCUGCUCCCAGAGGAAGUAGCACCCGAAGAAGCUUGUGAAAAUGAGAACUUAGCGGCUAGCUCUAAUUGCACAGAAAAAGACAAGGAUCGUGAAAGAAAUGCAAAUAUGAAAGCGUACCGCUCAUGGAUUGAACCUUUAUUGACUAAAACAAAUUGGGCUGCAUUCAGAAGAAACAUUGUUGUGGGGGAACGUAUCAUGCAACUCACUAAAAGCAUUGGCCAAGGAGUAUUAUUAAUGACUAAAGAGCUGAGUGGGUCAAAGUUACACCUAACAUUCACCAAUAGUGAAUGGGAUGAGUUUAUUCAAGGUCUAAAUUCAGGAAAGUGGGACAGCACUGUUGAGUGGGAAGAUGGAUAUGACAAUCAAAUUCAUAAAGACACUAAAUCUCAAUUAGUUGCUUCAUUACGGAAAACCUUUGCUACACCUUAUUGGUUUGAUUCGUCUGGUCUGAUGGUAUCCUCUAAAAAGCGUCGUCUGGCUAUUCACGAAUCAAAUAUACCCUCGAAUAAUACUAGCCUCAUGCACCGAAAUUCGGUGGAACCUUCUUCUAAAUAACACAGUCGCAUCUUUAAAGGACUCAUGCAUGUAUUAUAAACCAGAGCGCACCAAUUACUUUUGUAUUACCGCAUUAAAAUUACUAUAAAGAAAAAACUUAUGUGGUAAUAAUUCUGCUUCAUAUGAUAACAUGAUGACUUUUGCACAGUGUCCCUUUUUGUUUCGUAAGGAACAGCCUACUUAAAAUGACUAUAUCCCUGCCUCAUACACAGAUUUUUAUAACGAAAAAAGUAAGCCCUACAUUUAAAUUUCUAUGACAUGCAAAGUAUCGG